UAAUUUCAAACUUUCUUUUAGAUGUUAGAACAAGCUCAUGAAAUGGAUCGCUUCAAGACUUUCUCUCUUUUGGAAACCAGAAUCCCUCGGGUCAAUGACAUGACGAUUCUUACUUUGGCCACCUGUGGCGAUCUCCGCUCAGUGAUUGCUAAUCCCCAGUGCCAAAGUAAUGUGCAAGUUAAUUGGAAGCGGGGCUUUGCCAAAUUAUCCAUUAUACGAGGCUUGCUAUGUCUCGUCUGCCCAGUCUUAUUAUUUACUCCCUUGGUGUCCUAUAAGCCGGGUUUAGGGGAUGGUGGUGGAAAGUUGAACCCAUAUCAAAAAUUGUAUGUGUUCUGGAAAUGUCCCAUGACCAAAUUCUGCGCCUGGUUCCUGAGCUUCAUCUCUUUAGCCGUCCUUCACAGCUAUGUAGCUUUAUAUUCGUACAGAUGGGAGUUCCUUCCAUCUGAAUGGGCCUUAUAUUUGUGGUAUCUUGUUCUUAUGGUGACGGAAAUCCGAGAAGUUUUUGAGCAAAGAGCAACUGGAAUGAGGAAUAAGCUCCGCAUUCAUUGGAACAGUAUUUGGAACAUUUUUGAUAUUUGCUUGCUCGUGUUCAGCCUUUUCAAUUUCAUUUUGAAAAAUUUUGAAUCUACAUUUUGGCUCAGUCGAAUUCUCUUUGCUUGUAACUCAAUUCCGGUCUACUUCCAACUGUUCAGAUAUUACCACGCCAGCAUCAAACUUGGGCCAAAAUUGGUUAUUCUCACAGAUAUGCUACCCGAGAUCUUAACAUUUGUCUUGUUAUUGGCUAUUUUCAUGUUGGCAUAUGGGGUCGCCAGCCAAGCCCUAAUCAAUCCAUAUCGACGGCAUGAGUGGUCGGGUUUUCCAGGACUGCUGUACGAUAUAUUUCUUUUGCCUUACUGGCAGAUGUAUGGAGAGCUUUCCUUGGACGAGCUCACGAUCAAAGAUGUUCCACCUUGUUCUGUAAACGCCACGUUCGAGGAUUACUGUUAUCGGACGGAUAUCGAAAGGAUCGAAGACUACCGAUACGUCAUGCCGGUGUUAUUGGCUCUUUAUAUGCUUUUCGCCAAUGUUCUAUUAAUGAAUUUGCUGAUUGCAGUGUUCUCGUCAGUAUUUGAACAGAUUCACAAUAAUUCGAUGGGUGUUUGGAAAUGGGAAAUGUGUCGCUUAAUGGAGGAUUUUGAUCAACGGACCACGUUGGCACCGCCCUUCAAUAUCUUGGAGCAGAUUUACUUCCUUCUCAAAUCCACCUGGAAACGAUGCUGUCGAAGAGAAAAAGAGGAUUUGGACCUUUACUUGAAUGAGGCCAAUUUGAGUCUGAAGGUAUUCGAAAAAACGUGUCUCUCAUUGUUUUGGUCAAGAAAGCAAAGCCAAACAAACGAUAACAUAACUAGUCGACUUAAGACCGUGGAAGAGAAAACGGAUGCAAUUCUGUCCAAGUUUGAUAUCCCGCCUGAUUGGAUUGAUCCAUCAUUGGUGCCGAACUAUCAGACCGAAAAUAGCCAUGCCAAGAUUCAACGCAUUUUGACCCUUCGAGCUCAGGACCACCAGCCCGUGGAUCCCAAUGGAAAUCAAUUGGCAACUCUCAAAGAAGACGUGAGCGAUCUCAAAACGAGAAUGAAACAAAUUGAACGGGUACUACACAGCAUUCUCCGAGCAGUGGAAAAGCCGAAGAGGGAAUAAAUGGAGGACACUGAUGAAGGACUAUGAAGGACACAAUCCAAUUAUGGAAUUGAAAAUUGUGACAAAAUGUUCUUGAAAUGAAGCUACUACUAUCGUACAACUAAAUAUGCUAAUGCAUGACAAAGUUCAUCAAU